CGAAGAUCAGACAGGUCUUACACGGGAUGAUUGGAUGAUUCGUCAAUUCGCCAUAGAGUUCGCGAUGCAUGCAAUUGUGGGGGUGGGGUUGCCCGAUGCCGAUGCGAGGUGGUGGCCGAUGGGCCGCGACAAGAGAGGGGAAGAGACGCUGGUUGGGCAAUUUGUACUGAGGUAAGGUAAGUAUAAAAGGGCAGUAUCCGACGAGUUUGUGAGGUUGAUGCGAUUUGAAUUUCACUAUUGCCAUUCAGUAUUACUGUCCAAGUGACGAGAAUAGCACCACAUAUCAAACCAUAAUGGCUCCCGCAUUGGUUGAAACCGCCACCACCACCAACUCCGGACCGGUUCCGGCAUCUGUCUACAAGCUGGAUCUUGGACAGUACAAGGAGAUUGAUCUGACCUACAUCGAUAAGGAUGCUGAGGCGGGCAAGACCGACGGCCCUGCUGCUACGUACCCUCAAUAUCUUCCCACAUGGAACCCAGCACAGCAAUACCCCCCUCUGCAGCCCUUUGAGCACUAUGAGCAUGGCAAGGAUGCCGAUACCUCCUAUCCCAACCUUCUUCCCAGCGGCGUCCAGGUCACAGAGCUCACUCCCUCCAUCGGCUCUGAAGUGAGAGGCAUUCAGCUCUCCUCACUUACCGAUGCUGGCAAAGAUGAGCUGGCUCACUACGUCGCCAAGCGAAAGGUCGUCGCCUUCCGAGGCCAGGACUUUGCCGAUCUUUCAAUCGCCGAUGCGCUCAAGUUUGGCGGAUACUUUGGACGACACCACAUCCACCCUACCUCUGGCUCUCCUGAGGGUUACCCAGAGGUUCAUCUCGUCCACCGCGGCGUUAACGACAAGGGCCACUUGGACUACUUCAAGACCAGAACCAGCUCUGUGGCCUGGCACUCUGACGUUUCAUACGAGCAGCAGCCUCCCGGAACCACUUUCUUGUACAUCCUGGACAAGCCUGAGACUGGAGGCGACACCAUCUUCGUCGACGCUGUUCAGGCUUACAAGCGACUCAGCCCUCUCUUCCAGGAGCGUCUGCACGGUCUCAAGGCUACACACUCUGGUAUCGAGCAGGUCAACGCCGCUGCGGCUCGCAACAGCAUCAAGCGACGAGACCCUGUUGUCAACUCUCAUCCCGUUGUCCGAACGCACCCUGCCACCGGUGAGAAGGCUCUCUAUGUCAACCCUCAGUUCACUCGUGAUAUUGUUGGAAUGAAGAAGGAGGAAUCCGAUUCCAUUCUCAAGUUCCUGUACGACCAUCUGGCGCAGGGUGCCGACUUCCAGGCUCGUGUUAAGUGGGAGGAUAAGACCGUCGUCGUCUGGGACAACAGAGUCACUCAGCACAGCGCUCUCGUUGACUGGGAGAAUGGCCAGAGGAGACACCUUGCCCGUAUUACUCCCCAGGCAGAGAGGCCAUACGAGACGCCAUUCCAGGGCUAAUGGAGGAGACACGUGGGCUUAAAUGUAUUUCUGCAUUUUCAAUAUUUUUAGCGGUAUGAUUUGAUAGGCUCACUGAAGUGGCCUUGUAUAAAAGCAAAGAAUAAAAAAUGAUUCCACGCUGC